GUAGGUAUAUAAACAGCAACAAAUAAAAAAACAAUGGCCUCGAAAAAAAUUUACAUCGCUGGCCCAGCGGUUUUCUUCCCAGAUCAAGGUGCCUCUUACUACAAUAAGGUAAGUGAUUUACUGAAGGCAAAACAGGUCAUCCCACUGAUUCCAAUUGAUAACAAAGUCGUUGGGGCAUUGAACAUUCGCAACGCCAACAUUGACAUGAUCAAGGAGUGUGAUGCUAUCAUUGCGGACCUGUCUCCUUUCCGCUCGUAUGAGCCAGACUGUGGGACUGCCUUUGAAGUCGGAUACGCUGCAGCUCUUGGGAAGCAGCUUAUUGUUUUCACUUCGGAUCUCCGCAGUAUGCCUGAAAAGUAUGGCAGCACCAAGGACUCCGACGGCCUGACAGUUGAAGAUUUCUCACUCCCAUUCAACUUGAUGCUUUCCGAUGGGAAUCCGAUAUUUGGCUCCUUUGAAGAGGCAUUCGAUCAUUUUUGUAAGACAUCUCUGCAAACCCCUAAUAAUUAACUCUAUCGUCUUUCCUUCUCCGUUAUUUUAAGUCAAUUUUAAUGAAUGCAUUUUUUUAUUCUUAAUAGUGGAAAAGAUAGAAUGCUGUCGUUGACAUACAACAUUCAUUAAUGUGGAAUCUAAA